AUGGCGAUGGACGGUGGCAUGUCCACGUCUCCAUCAGGACUAUCGUAUCACAAUGUUGGGGACUUUUACCCCAGAAAAUUCGGUUCCAAGCCGGACGUGGUGCCGACCGGGGUGACCGAGAGGAAAGUUGGCCCACUUGAUAAACCCGACAUGGUGGCGGUGGACGUUGUCAACAUCAACGAUUCAGGUAGCUAGCUAACGUUACCGGUAGCUAGUUAUGUUAUGCUAGUUAGCCAGUGCAAUGUAGUAGGGGGUAACUAGUUAGCUGCCUAGCCACGUUUAGCGUUAGCUAGCCCCAUAAACAGCGGUGAAGCCUCUUUCCAAAACUGUGUGUGUCGCUAGAGCUAGCUAAAUCUUCACUUUAGCUAAUGUAUUGUCAUUGUUUGCCAAGACAAUACUUGCUUUGUAGAGCUUAACUGAAUUCCGGAACAAAGCUAACUAACGUUAACGUAUCUAGCUAACGUUAGGUAUGUUUUAUCUGCUAGCGUAUCUAUGUAACGUUAGGCUAGCUAGCUAGGCCAGGAAACCAAAGCAAAGAUGGUGGAUAUUUGAAGAUGUUCCACUCAGGCCGUUUACCAUAGGAAAACAAGGGUCUGUUUAACGGGUUCGCUCUCCCAUAGGCACAAAUUCAACAGCAACUGCGGUUGGUGAGAGGGUCCACUCCUGUCAAAAUCUUCCCACGUGGGAAUACGGCGAUUCUGCCUUCCCGCCUUUGGGACAACAACUCCCAUUGUUGCCCCGUGUAGCUCAGUUGGUAGAGCAUGGCGCUUGCAACGCCAGGGUUGUGGGUUCGAUUCCCACAGGGGGCCAGAAUGAAAAAAAGAAAAGAAAAUAUAUGCACUCACUAACUGUAAGUCGCUCUGGAUAAGAGCGUCUGCUAAAUGACUAAAAUGUAAAUUGUUAGUGCGGAGACAAGACCAUCUCGUCAUUAUAUACAGUGUCUCUAGUCUGGUCUGCUUAGUUCAUUGAUUGUAUAUGAACCAGAAAGUUCCCUGUAGUCCCCUGUAGCUCAGUUGGUAGAGCAUGGUGCUUGCAACGCCAGGGUUGUGGGUUCGUUUCCCACGGGGUGCCAGUAUGAAAAAUGUAUGCAUUCACUAACUGUAAGUUGCUCAGGAUAAGAGCGUCUGCUAAAUGACUAAAAUGUAAAGAAACUGAGGGGGUGGGUUGUCUCGCUUCCUCUUCCGUCUCUGACCAAAGCAGAUAUAGUUAGCUAGGUGGAGAGUUUUUAAACCUUUGCCAUCUGCAUCCAUUUUGCACGUUAACGUUACGACUAGAAGGAGAGCAUUCCCUUUCAGUCAUAAAGUUAUGGCUAAAGUUAGGCACACAUUAGACGACAAAAAUCUUUACAUCGUGGGAGCACUUAUUCAAUUGUCUGCAUAAUCUUUUCAUCCUUAAGUCUGUGACCGGUGUGCUCACAUUACACAAGUUUGCUCACAUUGUGACCUGUCUAUUGAAAAAAAUAUAUAAUAACACAAGGAAUAAAUACACAAUGAGAAACGAUAACUUGGCUAUAUAGGCCUACAUAGGGUACUAGUGUUGCUUCCGUCCCUCUUCUUGUCCCAACCUGGGCUUGAACCAGGGACCCUCUGCACACAUCGACAACAGUCACCCUCGAAGCACCGUUACACAUCGCUCCAUAAAAGCCGCGGCCUCUCCUCGCCCCAGCUGUUACAUUGAUGCUGUUGACCCGGAUCACUGGGUGCUGCGGAAAAGGAGGAGGUCAAAGGGGGGUGAGUGUAACCGGUGUGAAAUGGCUAGCUAGUUAGCGGUGCGCGCUAGUAGCGUUUCAAUCGGUGACAUCACUCGCUCUGAGACCUUGAAGUAGUUGUUUCCCUUGCUCUACUUGGGUGGUUGGAGUCUGACAAUUUUUUGGUCCUUCCUCUGACACUGCCUGGUAUAGGGAUCCUGGAUAGCAGAGAGCUUGGCCCCAUUGAUGUACUGGGCCAUAUGCACUACCCUCUGUAGCACCUUGCGGUCGGACGACCAAGCAGUUGCCAUAUACUAAGCGUUGAUGCAGCCAGUCAAGAUGCUCUCAAUGAUGCAGCUGUAUAACUUUUUCAGCAUCCUGAGGGGGCAAAGGCAUUUUCGUGCCUUCUUCACGACUGUGUUGGUGUGUAUGGACCAUGAUAAUUCCUUUGUGAUGUGAAAACAGAGGUACUUGAAGCUCUCGACCCUUUCCACUACAGCCCCAUGGAUGGGGGCGUGCUCGGCCCUCCGUUUCCUGUAGUCCACGAUCAUCAGCUCCUUUGUCUUGCUGACGUUGAGGGAGGGGUUGUUGUCCUGGUUUGUGGUGGUAAAUGGACAGAUACGAAAAAUAUAGAUGAAAACUCACUUGGUAAAUAGUAUGGUCUGCAGUUUAUCAUGAGGUAUUCUAAUUCAGGCAAGCAAAACCCCAAGACUUCCUUAACUUUAGAGAUCACGCCCCAGCAGUUGUUAACAAAGAGACACACACCUCCCCCUUAACCUUACCAGAAGCUGCCGUUCGGUCUUGACGAUGUAUAGGAAAAAACAGCUCGAUAUGUAUUAUCCAUGUUCUUGUUCAGCCACGACUCUGAGAAACAUAGGAUAUUACAGGUCUUCAGGUCCGGUUGAUAGGAUAGUCUUGAACGGAGCUUGUCCAGUGCUCUAGUGAUUGUACAUUCGUCAAUAGAACGGAGGGUAGAAGUGGUUUAUUUACUUGCUGACGAAGUCUCGUCAGGGAGCCCGCUCGUUUGCCUCUCUUGUGCCAUGUCUUCCUCUCAAGUCCCGGGGAUUAGGCCCUGGUCCGGAAUGAGCACGUCCAGAGCUGCCUACUCAUUGAAGUAGAAAUCUUCAUCCAAAUCGAGGUUAGUGAUCGCUGUUCUGAUGUCCAGAAGCUGUUUUCGGUCAUAUGAAAUGAUGGCGGAAAUAUUAUGUGAAAAAAAGAAAUUACGACCAGCGUAAGAAAAACAUACAAAAUUGAAGAAUUGGUCAGGAGCCCGUAAUACGGCAGCUAUCUAUUGCAGCUUCAUCUUCCAUUGUCGCAUCGUAGCACCUCCUUCACUGCACAAGAUACGACUGGAAAUGUCUGGCAUACCAGAGAAAUAAUCAGGACCUAAGAUACGGAUCGCCAGAGCGCAAGACCCAUAAUUGCACGUCUUUCACACGCUCACAUUAUGCGACCUUCGACGUCUUAGUUGUAGCCUACGACGUUAGGAUUUGCCUGCAAUCCCCAAAAUUUGUUGUGGAUCCCAGAUCGUGGCAAAAUUGCAGUUUAAAAUCGUAUGAUGUAUGGCCAGCAUAAGCCAGACCACCCAGAUUAUUGGUGACAUUUUGAAAACCAUGCAUAAUCAGACAUGCGUCGUCCUGGUAUCUUGAAAAUAACAUUAGAUUAAACUUGACUUUGUGUACAGUCUAUAUCAGUCAUCUGUUGUUUUCUGUUUUUCAUAACCAAAUACUUUGCAGAUAUCCCAAUCCACAGAAAAAAGCAAGAAACUGACGCAUAUGUGCUGGUAAGUUUUCCUUUUUGAAGACACCAGUUGGUAGGGUCUAAAGCACGGGUGUCAAACUCAUUUUGACGCAUUUGGUCUUUAACGAGGUCCGGAGGGCCUUACUGAAAAUUGGUUUGAUUUCCUCACUGUCAAAUUUUUUUUUUUUUUCUUUCUCUCUAUCCAUCGUUUUUGGUAUUUUCGAUGCUCCCUGACUGUCUAGCUUUCAUUUAGGUGAUUAUUAGCGAGCUGUACACUGUCAAACUGUAUGAAUGUAGGUCCAUUAUCAUUUCCACACAGUUUCGAUUUGGGUUUGACACCCCUGGUCUAAAGCUGCAUUUUUUUUUUUUAACAGGCAGCCUACUGUAGCUAAAUACGAAGGAUAAACACUAUAGUGUGAAACCACUAGAUGGUAGUGUUAUAGUAUAGCUAGUAUCCUUCUGCUUCUCUCUGAGUCCUUAAUCUCACAUCCUUCCAUGUGACUGUGCGUUUGUGUGGUACCCACAGGGCACUAUACACCCAUUCCGGAAGACAGACAGAUCCUUCUUUGGGAAACUCUCUCAAGAAUUCCGCUUGGUGACUUCAGACAGACGGGUAAGGAAUUAGUAAGGGGUGUGUGCAUGCGUGUACAUUAAAAUGCCACAGGGACAACUGUUGCACAGUGCUCUUUGUUUUGGAAUUCCCCAAUUCCCCAUCCCAGUAAAAUGACCCUGACUUUAUUAUUGCAUUAUUCUGGUAAGCUGUUUAGACAUCUCAUCUCAUAGGCAAGCACCUCAUGUUAAUCUUUCACUCCAGGGCUCCAGACUAACGUUUUCCCAUGGUGGCACUGGUGCCACAAAAGUUUUUAGUUGGUGGCACCAGCCCAUUAUUUGGUUGCACCCAAAAUGUUGUUUUUUGUUGCAGCGUCGCGCAAUAGAUAAAGGAGUAAUCAAUCAUCUUAUUAAAUCAUUCACAAUGCUUUAUUAAGAAGUGUAAUAAUAGACUACUGAGAUGGUAUUCAAUAAAUAAGUUGAUACAUCUAACAGGUCCAGGCAGAAAUGUAUAUAUUCAACCUAAUCCAGUGAUUGUCAUGAAUUUUUGGUUGACAAUUAGGCAAUUAUUGCUAAAUUUUACUGUUAAAAUAGGGCGGCAGAAUUUUUACAUACAUUUUUUUUCAAUAGAGAUGAAUUGCCUUAAUCUUUGCUCACUAAUAUUACAUAUACAGUUGAAGUCGGAAGUUUACAUACACUUUAGCAAAAUACAUUUAAACUCAGUUUUUCACAAUUCCUGACAUUUAAUCCUAGUAAAAAUUCCCUUUCUUAGGUCAGUUAGGAUCACCACUUUAUUUUAAGAAUGUGAAAGUCAUAAUAAGAGUAGAGACAUAUAUUUCAGCUUUUAUUUCUUUCAUCACAUUCCCAGUGGGUCAGAUCUUUACAUACACUCAAUUAGUAUUUGGUAGCAUUGCCUUUAAAUUGUUUAACUUGGGUCAAACGUUUCGGGUAGCCUUCCACAAGCUUCCCACAAUAAGUUGGGUGAAUUUUGGCCCAUUCCUCCUGACAGAGCUGGUGUAACUGAGUCAGGUUUGUAGGCCUCCUUGCUCGCACACGUUUUUUCAGUUCUGCCCACAAAUGUUCUAUAGGAUUGAGGUCAGGGCUUUGUGAUGGCCACUCCAAUACCUUGACUUUGUUGUCCUUAAGCCAUUUUGCCACAACUUUGGAAGUAGGCUAUUUGGAAGACCCAUUUGCAACCAAGCUUUAACUUCCUGACUGAUGUCUUGAGAUGUUGCUUCAAUAUAUCACCAUCAUUUUCCUUCCUCAUGAUGCCAUCUAUUUUGUGAAGUGCACCAGUCCCUCCUGCAGCAAAGCACCCCCACAGCAUGAUGCUGCCACCCCCGUGCUUCACGGUUGGGAUGGUGUUCUUCGGCUUGCAAGCCCCCCCCUUUUCCUCCAAACAUAACGAUGGUCAUUAUGGCCAAAGAGUACUAUUUUUGUUUCAUCAGACCAGAGGACAUUUCUCCAAAAAGUACGAUAUUUGUCCCCAUGUACAGUUGCAAACCGUAGUCAGGCGUUUUUUGGCAGUUUUGGAGCAGUGGCUUCUUCCUUGCUGAGCGGCCUUUCAGGUUAUGUUGAUAUAGGACUUGUUUUACUGUGGAUAUAGAUACUUUUGUACCUGUUUCCUCCAGCAUCUUCACAAGGUCCUUUGCUGUUGUUCUGGGAUUGAUUUUCACUUUUUGCACCAAAGUACGUUCAUCUCUAGGAGACAGAACGCGUCUCCUUCCUGAGUGAUAUGAUGGCUGCGUGGUCCCAUUGGGGUUUACACUUGCGUACUAUUGUUUGUACAGAUGAACGUGGUACCUUCAGGCGUUUGGAAAUUGCUCCCAAGGAUGAAUCAGACUUGUGGAGGUCUACACAUUUGUUUCUGAGGUCUUGGCUGAUUUCUUUUGAUUUUCCCAUGAUGUCAAGCAAAGAGGCACUGAGAUUGAAGGUAGGCCUUGAAAUACAUCCACAGGUACACCUCCAAUUGACUCAAAUGAUGUCAAUUAGCCUAUCAGAAGCUUCUAAAGCCAUGACAUCAUUUUCUGGAAUUUUCCAAGCUGUUUAAAGGCACAGUCAACUUAGUGUAUGUAAACUUCUGACCCACUGGAAUUGUGAUACAGUGAAUUAUAAGUGAAAUAAUCUGUCUGUAAACAAUUGUUGGCUUGCCAAAACUAUAGUUUGUUAACAAGAAAUGUGUGGAGUGGUUGAAAAACAAGUUUUAAUGACUCCAACCUAAGUAUAUGUAAACUUCCGACUUCAACUGUAGGCCUAAUUCAAUUGGUGUUAAUUUACCACCUGAGGAAAUGGAAACUCAAAAUACAUUAGCUAGAUCGCUAACUCAAAAUAUAACACUUACUGCUAGUAGCAAUGUAUGAAUCUAACAGUAAAUGUAAUGUCCCAAAAAAAACUUUGCAUCGGUAGUAGGCCUACUACCCCAAAAUGUGUGCUUUGAGCUCAAUAAUGAGAAUUGAGAAAUACAAAUUAUACCUACAGAAAGCUGAGACCCUCAUCUCUUUAGCAUGGACAAUAGAGAAUGACCACUUAUCGGCCAAGCCGAUAUAUAUCGUGCCGAUAUUGGUAUUUUCUUGUCUUUCGGCUAAUGGCCCUUCUCUAUAAACGUUGCCAAUAGUACCUUUACAUAGCAAAUCCAAUGCACCCUCUAGUGUCGACUCUGAAAACUGCUGCUAUCCCAGCUGCCACUCACCGUCUGAGCCAGGAGCACUGAACAGUGCCGAGGAAUGUCUAGCUGGGAAAAUCAGCAGCAAGAUUGCUCAUUCUCCAACAGAAAGGUGCAGUAUUGAGAAACAGAAGAAUUGACACAUUGACCAAAAUCAAACAUGUUACAAAUAUGAGUUUACUUUAUUCACUAUUAAUAAGGCUUGUGUCGACUUGCCCUGACAUGCAUGCAAUAAGCAAGCUAGCUAGCUAAGCAGAUCGCUAUGUGACCUGUUAGCAAAGUUGAUGAUAACUAACCCUUUCAUCUGUGGUGCUAGCUAGCUGUAUUAGCUACUAUGCUAGCUGGCUAUACAAAUAUGGUGCUAAGAUAUCAGAUAGGGGCUAAAAGCCAACGUAGCUAGCUAACAUUAGCUGGUUAUCAUUUUAAACAUGUGCCAUUUUCUUCCUGAUCGUGGAAAAUUGAAAAAAAUAUACUAUGCAAAAAUAAACGCAACAAUUUCAAGGAAAUCAGUCAUUUGAAAUACAUUCUGUAGGCCCUAAGCUAUGGACUUCACAUGACUGGGCAGGGGCACGAUCCCACAGGUAAAGAAGCCAGAUGUGGAGGUCAUGGGCAGGCGUGGUUACACGUGGUCAGCGGUUGUGAGGCCGGUUGGACUUACUGCCAAAUUCUCUAAAACGACGUUAGAGGCGUCUUAUGGUAGAGAAAUUAACAUUAGAUUCUCUGGCAACAGUUCUGGUGGACCUUCUUGCAGUCAGCAUGCCAAUUGCACGCUCCCUCAAAACUUGAGACAUCUGUGGCAAUGUGUUGUGUAACAAAACUGCACAUUUUAGAGUGGCCUUUUAUUGUCUCAAGCACAAGGUGCACCUGUUUAAUGAUCAUGUGAAUUAAUCAGCUUCUUGAUAUGCCACACCUGUCAGGUGGAUGGAUUAUCUUGGCAAAGGAGAAAUACUCACUAACAGGGAUGUAAACACAUUUUUGGACAAAAUUUGAGAGAAAUAAGCUUUUUGUGCGUAUGGAACAUUUCUGGGAUAUUUUAUUUAGGCUCAUGAAAUAUGGGACCAACACUUUACAUGUUGCGUUUAUAUUUUUGUUCAGCAUUUUAGCUAGCUGUGGAGUGAGUUUACGGCAUGUUGUUAUGUCUUACACAUGGGACAGUGGAUGGUAUCACCACCGGACUGUAAGGCUUCUGUUCACAGGGACACAUUAAGUCUCGGGACUGAGGCUGCUCUCCACCAGUACACUGUGUACAAUGAGGGUACAUGGGGAUCAAUCCCCUCUUUUAGGAAUAAUCAGUUUGUGUUCUAUCUGCCGGUGUACUAGUUAGCUCUGCUAGUGUAGCGCAGCCUGCCUCUACUGGAGGACCACUGGGAUGGCUAGGCUGGGAUAAGAUGCUUUUGGAUCCAAGUGGCCAAUCUGCCAGAGGCAAAAGACCUAAUUACAUUUACAUUACAUUUUUGUCAUUUAGCAGACGCUCUUAUCCAGAGCGACUUACAGGAGCAAUUAGGGUUAAGUGCCUUGCUCAAGGGCACAUCGACAGAUUUUUCACCUAGUCGGCUCGGGGAUUAGAACCAGCGACCUUUCGGUUACUGGCACAACGCUCUUAACCACUAAGCUACCUGCCGCCCUACUACAGUAGGGACUAGAAAGAGAGUGGGCUGUGCUGUGGAGACCUCUGACUGCUGUCCCUAGAAGCUGUAUGAAAGAGACUGGGUUAGGUUCUAUAGGAACAGAGAGACUGAUCGAGGUAAAGUCAAUGGAGUUCACUUCACAUGCAUAGAGAGGAGAUUACGUUUUCCAAAAACAUGGCCUUACGAGAGAAAGUGGAGAGCAGUGUCUUUUCUUGAUAAGGGUGUGAUUAUUUAGGUUAGGCUCACUGUGGCUGUAGACUGGGUGUCUGCUCCAUCCAUGCACCAGGCAGUGGGAGUUUUCCAGACUGAUGCUGCUGUUGACCUGGCAGUAAAACUCUCCUCUCCUGUGCUGCUGAGUAGCCCUAUAUUCUGCUGGAUUAAAGCUGAUGAUGUACUUGACGUAGGCAUAUUAUUUACAGAUGAUAUAUCUGCAACAGUAUUCUGUGACUCAGGGAGGCUGAUGUUCCUGAAGGUAUUUGGGAGUGUCACUCCAAUGUAAGAUUUAACCUAGACAUGUUUACCUGCAAUACCGCCUUCACCCAGAGGGUGGCAGUGUCAUCUCGUUGUCCCCUGCUUCCCCAGAAAGAGUGUGUGUGUAUAUGUAAGUGUGUGGGUGGGGGGUUUGGAUGUGUUGGGCAGCAUGCUGUCGCUCUGUUUGCACACAGACACGGGCACAGCGAUCUGCAGGGCCCUGAAGCCGCAACAGGCCCAAACACACACUUCAGCUCCCAUCUCUAUCCUGGCUCCGGCUGUCACAAGACGCCCUAGCCCUGUCAUAACACAGUGCACCGCAGUAAUUGUAGAUUUCACAGCACUCCAAGGACAGCCACUGACUCCAACACGAAGUGACAGACAAAGACGCGGUUGAUGGCAUUGAGUUUGUACAGUCUUCACAUUUUUGUUUCCAUUUUUUACGUGUUUGUCUGAUACAAAGCAUUCCCUGAAUUAGCAAAUUAACAAUACAAUAUUAUUCGAUUAGCCUAACUGACAGUAUGAAAAAAUUAAAUAAUAAUAAUUGUGCAUGCACUCACUAACUGUAAGUCGCUCUGGAUAAGAUGUAAAAUGUAAAUGUUAGGCAAUGGCGUAGCAUAACCUAUCAUCCACCUGCAUUAGCUAUUAAUAUCCCACUCCAAGCAAUCCUAUAGAUCUAAAUGAAUUAAUUGGUUUAGAAAGCUCUGGUUAAUGUUCUGUUUGUGUUUCAGUCAUGGAGAAUCCUGGUGUUCGGCAUGCUGAAUGUUCUUUGUACUGGCUGCCUGCUGAUGUGGUGCAGCUCCACCAACAGUAUGGGUGAGUACUCAUCUACAUGA